AUGAAUAAAAAAGCAAAUGAAAACAUGGAACAUCUUAAAAAACUAAAAUCUGGUCAACAUGGAUGUGAAAAAAAAUUUCAACGAAUCAUACAGUUAUUUGAAGAUACGCAUUGUACAAAUUAUGACAAGACAUUUGUAUGGAAAAUUACAAAUGUCCCUCGAAAAAUUCAUGAAGAUCAAUCUGGAAAACAAACUUCAAUUGAAUCGUCAGUACUCUAUUCAUCAUUAAAUGAUUAUAAAAUGCGUGUAUCUUUGUCUUUAAAUAAGAAUAAUGAUACUACACUUUCUUGGCUAUUUACUAUUCCUGUUAGAUUUUAUCCUGAUAUAAAACCAAGUAGUUUUUAA